AUGACUGCCACAAAAGCGAUUGUGGCCUGGGAACCCAUAGAGCCUGGCCAAACGAACUGGUCGCUCGAAGACGUGGACGUUGGCGUACCCGGUGAGGGUGAGGUCCUGGUAGAGAUGCUCGCCACUGGAAUCUGCCACACGGAUAUUGUACUCUCCUCCAUACCAUCAGGAAACCUUGGAAUCACAUACCCCAAGGUCGUUGGCCAUGAAGGAUCAGGCAUUGUACGCUCCAUAGGCCCAAACACCAGUUCCGUAAUGGUCGGCGAUCCGGUUCUAUUAUCCUACCACUCAUGCGGCUCGUGUAAGAAAUGCCACGAGUCGCAUCCUGCAUACUGUGAGAAUUUCGCGUUGGAGAACUACAUCGGCCACAAGAAUUCCAUGAGCAUCAGCGGUACCGGCGAUGUCAUCACGUCCCGAUUCUUCGGCCAGUCUAGCUUGGCGCAGUAUAGCGUUGUCAGCGAACGGAGUAUCGUGAACGUGAAAGGACUGCUCCAUGAUCAAGACGAGCUGAAACUGUUUGCUCCGCUCGGUUGUGGGUUUCAGACUGGCAUGGGCGCCAUCUGGAACACUUCAAAUGCUGGACCCGAAGAUGCUGUUAUGAUUUUGGGCUUGGGGGCUGUUGGGAUGGGGGCACUGAUGACUGCCAAGAUACGUAACUGUGAAACUAUCAUUGUGGUAGAUAGAAUUGAGGCUCGGUUGCAACUGGCCAAAAGUCUCGGUGCUAGCCAUACUAUUAACACAGGGGCUUCGGACUAUACGACGCUGAGAGAGAUUACGAUGAGUCUGGUUUCAGGUGGUGUAUCAGUGGUUAUUGAUACGACAGGUGCACCGAGCCUCAUCGAAGACUCACUGCAGUGCACACGAAAACUCGGAAAGCUCAUUCUGAUCGGCGUCCCACCGCGGGGCUACAAGUUGAAUAUCGAUGUAGUGGAGCACAUCAAUGCAAUCCCACAGAUGAUCAAAUGGUAUAGAGAGAGCCGCUUUCCAAUUGACCAGUCGGUUCGGAGUUUCGAGGCAUCGCAAUUUAGAGAGGCACUUUCGCAGCUCAAGGAAGGAACAGUGAUCAAGCCAGUGUUGGUAUGGAGUUAA